AAACUCAACAUCAUCCGCUAACACUACAAAUACAAACACUAGUCCAGACACUGCAAACAAAACAUCAUCCACUAACACUACAAAUACAAACACUAGUUCAGACACUACAAACACAACAUCAUCCACUAACAGUACAAACACAACCACUUCUCCAGACACUACAAACACAACAUCAUCCACUACAAAUACAACCACUUCUCCAGACACUACAAACACAUCAUCCACUAACACUACAAACACUAGUUCAGACACUACAAACACAUCAUCCACUAACACUACAAAUACAAACACUACUUCAGACCCUACAAACACAACAUCAUCCACUAACACUACAAAUACAAACACUAGUUCAGACACUACAAACACAUCAUCCACUAACACUACAAAUCCAAACACUACUUCAGACACUACAAACACAACACCAUCCACUAACACUACAAAUCCAAACACUACUUCAGACACUACAAACACAACACCAUCCACUAACACUACAAAUACAACCACUUAUCCAGACGCUACAAACACAUCAUCCACUAACACUACAAAGUCAAACACUAGUUCAGACACUACAAACACAACAUCGUCCACUAACACUACAAAUACAAACACUACUUCAGACCCUACAAACACAACAUCAUCCACUAACACUACAAAUACAAACACUUCUCCAGACACUACAAACUCAACAUCAUCCGCUAACACUACAAAUACAAACACUAGUCCAGACACUGCAAACAAAACAUCAUCCACUAACACUACAAAUACAAACACUAGUUCAGACACUACAAACACAACAUCAUCCACUAACAGUACAAACACAACCACUUCUCCAGACACUACAAACACGACAUCAUCCACCAACACUACAAAUACAAACACUAGUCCAGACACUACAAACACAACAUCAUCUGCUAACACUACAAAUACAACCACUUCUCCAGACACUACAAACACAACAUCAUCCACUAACACUACAAAUACAAACACUGCAAACAUGACAUCAGCAUCAGUCAAGGACAAUACAAAUUUAAACAUUACUUCUGAUCCUACAAACACAACAGAAUCAAACACUACUCUAGGUGUUACAAACACAUCGAUACUGAAUGUCACACAUCCAAGGAACACAACAAUGGCCAGCACUACAAUUGACCCAAACACCACAGAAUCCAACAACAGUGAUCCAAACAACACAACACUAAUCACAUCUACAGCUACCCCACUCAUCACAAAACCUAAUGAAGCAUCAGUCUCAUACCCCACCAUGACAGCAUCAAACACCACUCUCGAUGCCACAAACAGAAACUCCUCGUCCUAUAACGUGACAGCAUCAAACACCACUCCAGGUGUUACAUCAACAGUGAAUAUAACAUAUCCAACAACACUGAUCAUGGCCACAGUUUCCCCAACUAUCACACAACUAAACGGAGCAUCAGGCUCAUACCCUACGAUGACAAAAUCAAACACCACUCUCAAUGUUACAGAUACAACAACAUUAUCACCCUAUAAUACAACACAACCAAACACCUCAACAGUGAAUGCAACAAACCCAAUGACCACAACACUGAACACCACUACAGUUGCUCCAAACGUCACAUUAUCUACAGAAACGUCAGUCUCAUCUAUAACAAACAUCCCAUCAAACACAACACCAAUUAGCCCAACCACUUCCAUAAUUCUGUUUAAUUUCACCACAGAGCAAAACACCACGGCUUAUCCGCUUAGAAACUUCACCACACCAAGUCCACUUAACGUUACACAAGCUAUAACUAAUACUACACUAGAUAUUUAUCAUAAUUUUACAAGUCCUCUAAAUACCACAGCCAGUCCCAGCAAUUACACCACAGCCACUGUCAACAACGUAACCUUACUCAACACAACAAUGCUUCCUAAUAUUACUCUAACCAACAAGACACAAUCUGUAGAAAUGAACACUACCAAUACUACAACUACAACAGUAGCACCAAAUAAGCUCACUGCGCAGACAGCAAUGAAUAGUGCCAACACCACCAUCUCCUCCACCACCAUCUCCACCACCAUCUCCACCACCACCAUCUCCACCACCUCCACCACCACCAGAAGCAGCAAUGGAACAAAUAUAGCAGAGACCACAACAACAGUGAGCCCUCAGUCUGUGGCGAAUCAGCUUCUCAACCAGUCUCAGGAUGUUUCGACCCUGAACUCCUCUCAAGUGCAGAAUGUAGUCAGCAAACUUGAGGAUAUUCUGUCAGCGCCAAGCAUCAGCCUGGAUGUGGGUCAGGGUGCUCUGUCUGUCGUUAACAAAAUGCUCGAUGCUCCUCAAGCAGCUUUGGCCACCUCAUCCAACCGCUUGAUCAAGGUUGUGGAUGAACUGGCGUUGAAACUGGUCAUUCCGGACAAAUCAGCAACACUAAUAUUGUCAUCGCUUGCACUGGCGGUGACAAAAAUCGACGGAAGCAACUUUGCAGGAAUGUCGUUCUCCUUAAACAGCCCAUCAUCCAUAGAGAUGACAAGCAGGAGAAGGAGGUCUGUAGAUAGUUCUUCUCUUGCGGGUUCCAUCACACUCCCCGCCUCUCUGACGGACGGUCUCUCCCCAGACCAGAAGAAACAGGCAUCCCGACUUCAGUUCACAUUCUUCCAAAAGAGCACACUGUUUCACGACAAAUACACUAAACAGCAGCUGAACAGCUUCAUUCUGGGGACUAGCGUUGCUAACCUGUCCAUCACAGGCCUGAGAGACAACGUGGAGUUCUCUCUGAAGAAUACAACCCCUAUAGUGGGAAAUCUGACUUGUGUUUUCUGGGACUUUAAACAAAACGGCGGAGCAGGAGGUUGGAACAAAAGCGGCUGUUUUCUCCUGAACAGCACAGAUAAUGAGAUGAAGUGCAGCUGCAACCACCUGACCAGCUUUGCAGUGCUAAUGGACAUCUCCAGAGGUGGAAUUACUGACCAAGUUCAGGGAACCAUCCUCACCUUCAUUACUUACAUUGGAUGUGGGAUUUCUGCCAUCUUCCUUUCCAUCACCCUCCUCACCUACCUGGCCUUUGACAAACUCCGCAGAGACAUUCCAUCCAAGAUCCUCAUCCAGCUGUGUUUUGCGCUUUUCCUACUCAACAUGGUCUUCCUGAUAGACUCAUGGCUGGCGCUCUACACCAAUGCCGCCGGCCUCUGCAUCUCCACGGCCUUCUUCCUGCACUACUUCUUGCUCGCCUCCUUCACGUGGAUGGGUCUGGAGGCCUUGCACCUCUACCUGAGUAUCGUCAAGGUCUUCAAAAGCUUCAUAUCGCAUUACAUGCUGAAGUUCUCUCUGGCGGGAUGGGGUAUACCGUUAAUCGUUGUCAUCAUUGUGAUUUCGGUGGACAAACAUAACUACGGCCUGGUUGCGUAUGGAAAGUAUGCGAAUGGAAGCACAGAUGAUUUCUGCUGGCUGACGAACAAUAUAGCCUACUACGUGUCAGUGGUGGCCUACUUCUGUGUGAUCUUCGUGGCCAACCUGAUCAUGUUUGUGGUUGUCAUGGUACAGCUGAGACGCAUCAAACGGCAAAACCCCCAAAAUAACCAAUACCGCAAAGGGAUCCAGGAUCUACGCAGCAUCGCCGGUCUGAUCAUCUUACUCGGCCUCACCUGGGGAUUUGCUUUUUUUGCUUGGGGUCCCGUCAACUUAGCGUUCAUGUACCUCUUCACCAUCUUCAACUCCUUCCAAGGUCUUUUCAUCUUCAUGUUUCACUGUGUGGUGAAAGAGAAUGUGCGGAGACAAUGGCGAACCUACCUCUGCUGUGGCAGGUUCAGACUGGCAGAAAACUCAGAUUGGAGCCGGGGAGCAACUCAAAACACCAAGAAGAGUUCAGUCAUCACAGCCAACAUCUCCCAUUCCUCUUUUAACCCUUCAGUUCCUUCAAGGAACUCCUCAAUGAGCAGUGACAGCUUGGGCUUACCAUCAAGCAUCAAUCCCUCACCAGUGAAUGACAGCGGGUUCACGUCUUUAGACGAGUCCAACAACCUUUUGAAUGAUGGCUUGACUCGGCGCUCUGUACGCUGACAUGACCGGUUCAUUCACCAAUGACUCUAGGAUUCCAGGAUGUAUUCCCAUCAUGAUCUGUAUUCCCGGAAGAGCUUCUGGAUGUACCGUGACCCUGACCAGGAUAAAAUGGUUCUACACCACGGAUGGAUAUUUUUUAUUUAUUUAUUUUUUUAAAACAAUGAAACCAUCAGUUUGUGAGUUUCAAAAUAAAUAAAAAAAAUCGGAGCCAAAACCCUUGAGGGCAUACUCCGGUGUGUAUGAAGAAAAAGUUUUUCAGAAAGCAGUAUUAUACAUUACCUACUACUGAGUCAUGAAACAUAAUUUAUAAGAUCUCAGAGACUGAAAUACUCCGUUCCUGUUCUGUUUAACGCUUUUAUAAAUUAGUCUUUAAUGUCUUUAAAGAGGUGGUGAUGUGUGUUAAUAGGGUGUUAACCUUUUGGAGAUUAUUAUUUCUGAAAACUAAAAAUGAUUAUUUUUUAAAUUUGUAAACUGGAGAAACAAGUUUGUUUAUUCUAUUAAAUGAAUAGUUAAUCAGAGGUAGUAUGCCUUUCCUGAUCGAACAGAUUGAUCUGUGAUGGAAUGGCAUCCCAUCCUGGAUGUAUUCCCACAUCACAUCCAGCAUUCCUGGGACAGGCUCCAGAUCCACCGUGACCCUGACCAAGAUUUAGCGCUUACUAAAGAUAAAACAAAUUUAAAAAAAAGAUUUUGAUUACUCAUGUUUACUCAACACCUAAGUACAUCCUAAUUUGGUUCUUUUAUGAUAGAGUAAUGUUACAUUUUAAUUCUAUGAUUAUUCAUGUUUAAUAUAAUUUAUUGAACAAAAUGGAUAAAAUAUGUAAGGUUUUUGGUCCUGAAUUUCUUUAUUUUGGCUCUAAGAUGAAAAGUCUCUGUAUGACAUAUAUUUAUCAGGAUUGCCCAGUCAUGUCUGGGAGAAAUGAUGUAUGGUCUUAAAAGUUAUUUUGACUUAUAAAAGGUUUAAUGUGACAUCUUGGGUCAGUUUUUUUUUGAGCAAACAGACAGUGAAGAUUUCAUUUUUGACUACCUUUUAUUUCUUUCUAUGUUUUUUUUUUUUUUUACUUUGCACUGUAAAGCACUUUGAACUGCAUUUUAAAUGUAUUAAUAGUACUAAAUAAAAGUAUAUUCUUAUUAGUAGUAGUAGUAGUAGUAGUAGUAGUAGUAGUAGUAUUUUAUAAAGGUCGCCCCAGGUGGAUAAAUUAAGAAGCGCACAGAAAUGAGAGGAUAUUGUUUUGGGCAAUUU